AUGCCUGAUGCCACAUUGUCUUGUCUGUGUCGAGGUGGACCAGUGAUCCUGCAGAGUCCUGUCCUCCCUGUGAAGGAGGGAGAUGAUGUCACUCUGCACUGUAAAACAAAGACCACUUCAUACAACCUCCCAGCUAGUUUCUAUAAAGAUGGCUCCCGUAUUAGGACCUAUCCUACAGGUCACAUGACCAUCCACAAUUUUUCCAAGUCUGAUGAAGGUGCCUACAAAUGUGACAUCCACAGUCAAGAGUCUCCAUCUAGCUGGCUGCUGAUCAAAGAUGAUUCUAACCUGGCCUCUCUCACAGUGUUUGGCGACACGUCUCAGCUGUUUGAAUAUGAGAAUUUGAAUGUGAGCUGUGGUGACAACAGCAGUGUUCAUGAAUGGAAGGUCAUGAGGAACACAACUCCUGAAGGUGGCAGGUUUUCCAGCUGUGGAGGUCUAUGGGGGACUCUGACCCACUUUGGCUGCAUCCUCUAUACAGCCAAGCCCCUUGACAGCGCUAUUUACUGGUGUGAGUCUCCUGCAAGACAGCGGAGCAACUCUGUCAACAUCACUAUACAUGAUGGACCAGUGAUCCUGCAGAGUCCUGUCCUCCCUGUGAUGGUGGGAGAUAAUGUCACUCUGCACUGUAAAACAAAGACCCCUACCGCCAACAUCAAAGUUUUCUAUAAAGAUGGCUCCCUCAUCAGGACUGAGCCUACAGGUCACAUGACCAUCCACCAUGUUAACAAGUCUGAUGAAGGCCUCUACAAGUGUAACAUCAGCGGUCGUGGAGAGUCUCCACCCAGCUGGCUGUUUGUCAGAGAUCGCGAUGGAAAAGCUUCAUAUACUGCAGAUCCAACCCAGACAACUGUGCUGAACGCGAUCCGCCACCUGGUGGUCUUCUCACCAUACUGCGUAGCCACUGUUCUCAUGUUGUCUUUAUAUCGACAAAGGCUCACAGGAAGACACCCUCCUGUUUCCACGAGAACAGCUCCACUCAGAGAAGAUGGCGAGGGAUUGGACCAACCGUUUGAUGGUGUCAUUGCUGAUGUCACCACCGAGCAUCAUUUCUAAACUAAAUAAAAUUACAACUCUGUGUCUCAUUUUUCAAUAAAGUAAAAACAAAAUCAGCUGUCAGUUAGAAAAGA